UGUUAAUAACUAAAGCUAACUUUAGUUCAUAAAUACAUGUACUCAUAUCAUUCUCCUUUUAACUUAAGAAGAGGGCCCGGCAAGCCUUGCCUGCCCUGUGUCAUGUGUUUUUUUUUCACUUACCAAAAUAUAGCUUAUAUUUGAACAGAGCUUAGAAUUAAAUUUAAUCAGUGCAAAACUAGUGCAAGAUUUUGUGCACUGUAAAAUUGCAACUCAGUCAAAUAAGGAACUGUAGCUCCCAGGUCAUCCAUCCCUUUAGCAGACUGGGGGCAACACAUCUGCAGCUACAUUAGAGAAUGUUCCCAUGUGUUUUACAGUAUAGUUACAACAUCGCUAUAAAUAUAUAAAUUGCACAUUUUCUAUCUUCCAUGCUAAUGCUUCCUCAGUAAAAUCUACUAUAGAAGAUUUUACAGAGGCAUCAUGGAAGUUAGAAAACGGAGUGUUUAUUAGAUGAAACAAUUAUCAAGGUCUGCAAGAUAAUUCCAAUGUUUUGAUAAUUUUUACAUUUUUUUUCAUUUUCUUGGAGUAAGUUUAUUAUUCUUUUUUCAACUUUGUUCUUACAUAGGAAAACGGACUUAGAGGUCCAUGCAAUCUGGAUGCCAUUAUCGAAAAUCAACCAACCGUACUAACUUUCUCAACCAGCAUAUAUACCCCUGUAGCAAUUGGGGAAUGAUCAAAAUCAAAAUUGCGUCCAAACAAAUGCUCCAGAGAAUGUCAAGCCAAAGAUUGGCCCAUGCACAAGACAGAGUGUUCAGUUACAACAGCCAGCUCAACUGAUGAAAAAAAGAAGACACACAAUCCUAUUAAUUCCAAGUUUACAGUAAAUGAUGGUUCUAUUUAUCAAGACCCAGGCACAACAGCUAAUGCAGUGAAUGAUAAAGGUCUUAACUAUUCACCUGUGAUAGACUUUAAAAGAUAUGAUAAAAAAGAACACAAACCAGAAGGAGUCGGUGAAUUUCCUGCACGAAAAGAUUCUUUCUACAUAGACAAUGAAAAAUUAUGUCACGAUGUUCCAGUGUUAGAUAAAAGCAAAGAAUUUACAGACAUAGUGGUGAAAGCAAACAGACAGAAACAAACCAUCAGCAUUCAGGAUGACUGGGAUGGGAACACAAUAUAUCGCUUCCUCUCUCACCAGUUACAGGUCCCUGUCAACAAAAUAAAGAUCAUCCACAAAGGCAAAAUUGUGAAUGCUGAUAGCAUUAAAGAGUGCAUUCAAAAGAGGGCAGUCUUCCAAGUGUUUGGCGAGAAGGCAGAGGAUGCAAGUGGAGUUGAUGACAGAGAUAUAGAAUUAAUGAUGAGACAGCUUAAUAUUAGUAGAAAUGAAGCCAUAUUAGCCUUAAAAGAGUAUGGAGAUGUUAUUGACGCCAUGUUGGAAAUUAGUCGCAAAUAACAGUUUAUUAUUCCUUACGUUUUUUGUGUAAAUAUGCCACAUUAAUUAUUACCUGGUAUUUGAAAUGUUUGUUUUAAAAUAUUUGUUCAUUGGCAAGUAUGAAGUAAAGUGACAGUACAUAUACCCAUAGUAAAAUGUUAAGGGGUAUUGAAGGUACAGAAUGUACGUGUCAACCCAAAUUCCUUAGAAUUAAAAUAAAAAUCUGCAGCUAAAUUCCAUUUAUAGCACCCCAAAUAGUACAGAGAUUUCAAAUUGCAUCAAUAUGUGAAUUGUCUACUUACCGGUAUUACAAUACCAGAAACUACAUUAAAAGUAUUCUAAUACUUUCAGUCUUUUCAUUAAUUGAAAUCUGCUGUUUUGCUUUCUUUGAUUUGGAGUAACAGUUGAAAUUAUCAACAAUUUCAUGCCAAACCUUUAACAUUGUAAAUUUUUACCAAAUCCAAUAAACCUUCCUUGUACAAAAAAGCAAAUGAAAAAAGAGACAAAAAAAACAUUGAUAUAAAUUUUUUAAUUUGUUGAAAAGAAUAAGUGACUAAAUAUUAACAAAUCUGAAAGACCAUUUAUCAGAAUUACAGAAAUGCCCCACGGAUAAGCAGGGAGUUGUAAGGGUAAGCCCUUGUAAACAAAAAGAAUAACUCUGCAGGCCAUGUAGGACAUGCAUAUUUCUCAUAGAAAAAUAAAGACUGACAAUGUCAGAGAAGCAGAGUUGAUUCAAACACAAUCAGUACCGGUAUUCAGUGGUACAAGACUGGAUGGUAAACAGAGAGAAAAAUACAAGAAAUUUGGAUUGUCCUCAUUAAACAUUAAUUUAUGAAAAAUGCACACAAAGUUUUAAUCGAAGGGUUUUCACUUAAGUUAUACAUGAACCAAUCACAAUUGUUUUUGGAAAUAUUAAAAAAUUAUGACCGUCUUUUUCCAAAAUAAGAUGAAACUUGAAAACUGAUAUAAAGUCUUCAAAUAAUUAUGCAUAUGAACUUCAUAGUUAAUAAUUUAUAUUCAAUAUGAUAUAAAAAGAAUAAAAAUACUGAACCAUACUGAAUCACAAACAAGCACUUUUAUCAAUAUGGCCCUUUUUAAUAUAUAUAUUCAUAUAUAUAUAUAUAUAUAUAUAUAUACACAAUGGCUAUCACAGUCGACGUUUCAGAUACAACAAAUAAACAUGACACUAAAAUUCAUUAAAAGAUCAACGUUCACACCAUUGACUUCUCUGAUCCUGAAAAUGAUUAAAAGCUGUGAAACAUGUUUAUCUGAUAACUCGUUGCUUUUAACUCGAGACACUCAGAGAACUUGAUUAUCUAUUAAUCUUGCAUAAGUUCAAAUACUUCAUCCAGCAAUUCACGUUCAGGAAUUUCCAAGUUCUGCUGCUCUAGGACUCCAAUUGAUACACAAUUUGUCCAGAUGCCAUUCAUUGAUAUUACUAGGAACAUUUACAGUCCAUCUCAAGAGUUUUCUUGUAGUGUAUAUAACAUAUUGCACUAAAGGAUGACAAGUGGGAUUUCUGCUAUUUUUCUGAUACAAUCUGGAGUAUAGUUGACUGAUAAAUAUUUGUGUACAUGUUUAAGCACUAAAAAUAUAAAACUCUGAUUAAAAUACAACUAUACCCAUACAUUCUAAAGCCUCUUGUUGAUAUCGGACUACUAGUACCCAAACAACUUAUAUUCAAUUUUUUUUCAUUUUAUGAAGAAUCUGCUCAAUCAAAUAGUACUAAAGCUACCCUGUUUCAUUUUAAACCUCUAUAUAUAUUUUAAGUGCUUUAAAAAUAAUCAUGUACCAAUAAGAAGAACCAAAGGAAAUUCCUAAAAAAUUUAAAUAAUAUAAAUGUACAUUUAGUUCAAAGGCACAAGUUGGGCCUUACAGUAAAGGUCAAACCAGCUGUAUUAAAUCAAACUUUAAAAAUAUUUGUUCAUGAUGGAUUUUUUUUUUCACAAGUCGUGCAAUGAAAUGUAUGUGUAUUCUAUAUACACAUUUGAUUUGAUUUAUAAACAUGUUUGUAAUUUUC